CUCACCCUUGGUCGACCUUCUGAUUUCGCCAUGUCUACUCAGAGACGUAACGCAGAGAAUUCAAAAUGCUUCCAGCUCUUUGCGCUGCCGAGCGACAUUCUAGCGUCUGUUACUGAAAAUACCCAAGUGGUGGAAGGUCUGCCCGGCAUCUCGACUCUACCUUCAGUCGCGAAGCCCGAACAACCUUGCAUCCAGCCAACUUCCACCUCCGGAUGCAGUACCUGCGGUGGACUUCAGUUUCCGUCUUCAGAAGAGAUGCGAACACAUUACAAGAGUGACUGGCAUCGGUAUAAUAUCAAAAGAAAGGUUCGCGGCCAAGGGCCAGUGUCUGAGGAGCAGUUUGACGAUCUUACCGAAGUAAGCAGUAUCGAAGCCAGUGAUGAAGAGGAUGACGAAGAGGAUAGACCCACACAUCCCGACAUGAUUAAGGCGGGUUCUAUGCCAGACUCUCCGUUUGUCAUGCUGCCGCUCGGGAAUGAGGAAUGCCUUCUUGUUUAUAAACAAAUCUUCUCAUCCUCAAAACGUGACAUGAAACGAACUGACAACGCUGCUUUGAUUGUUGAACGCCUGCGAAAGUACCAAAGCUUACAGCAGCCCACCCAUUGGACUCUCCUUAUGUUGGCCGCCGGACAUUUUGCUGGGACUGUAGUCAAUUGUAAAGAUGGAACCGCCAUCGUCCACAAGACAUUUCAUCGAUAUACCACACGAAGAAAGCAGGGCGGUGCUCAAAGCAGCAACGACCAAGCGAAGGGGAAAGCAAAUUCAGCAGGUGCAGGUCUGAGACGGUACAACGAACAAGCCCUUCAGAAAGAAAUUCGCGAUCUACUAGUGGAAUGGAAAGAUUAUUUGUCGACAAGUGAUCUAAUCUUCAUCCGUGCGCCAGCUGCCAGCAGGAAAGUUCUUUUCUUUGACGGUGGGCCACUGGACGCAGGGCAUGACCGCAUUCGCUCCUUUCCCUUCACCACUCGUCGACCCACGUUCUCUGAAUUGAUGAGAUGCUUCAAGGAGCUUACUACGAUACGAAUUGAACGGCUUCCGGAGAUACCUGAUGUACACGCAACAUCCCAAAGCGAAGCACUGCGGCCAAAACCACGCCCAAAGCCAGUAUCGCCGGAGGCUGUCAAAGACAACGAGACGACGGCUGGCAUCGAUCCACUCUUCUUGAAGCUUGCCGAUUUUUGCAAGCGAGGGAAGCUAGAGCUAUUUCAGUCUCACCUAAAAGCGAAUGAAGGCUUGAACGUGAAAACACGCUUGCCCGACGAGGCCGGGACUAGUCUUUUACAUUUAGCGGCUACGAAUGGCUGCUCCGAAAUGGUAAACGCCCUUCUCUCCUUGGGUGCUGAUCCUACUAUGGGCAGUGAAAAGCGAAAUUUAAAGCCCUACGAUGUAGCUCAGAGCAAAGAUACGCGUGAUGCUUUCCGUCGCUUUGUUGCCUCCCAACCUGAUAUGUGGGACUGGAAGCAGGCGCAUGUCCCGGGUCCUCUCACUCCAGAGAUGGAGCAACAGCAAAAGGAGAAAGAGAAAGAGAAGAAGAAGAAAAUGAAAGACAAACAAAAAGCCUACAAAUCUUCUAAAGAGGCGGCAACUCCCGUUCCGGAGCCGGUCCUUGUUCCUGCUCCAUCGUCAAAGAAAACGGCUCUGUCAAAACUUACCAAAUCAGAGAGAGAAUCCAUUGGGAUGACAGCCGAACGCCGAGCAAGGUUGGACAGGGAGAAACGAGCUUUGGCUGCAGAAGCUCGCAUAAGAGUGAUGCAAAAUCAGUGUGGAGCGUGCGGCAAGUCUUUGGUGGGGAUCACACCUUUUGAAAAGCUGCAAUUUCGGUAUUGCUCCAUGCCGUGUGUUACGAAACAUCAAAUCUUGACGUCGUAGGAAGAUAUUCGUUCGUCAACGCCCACCCCGUUUGCGGAUCGCUGCCGCAGUGGCCAUAACGAGACGGAAUUGCUGGAUACCGCCCGGUCCCCGAGCACGUUCCAGUACGUUCAAGUGACAUUUUGCCCCCGCGAAUCCAAUCAAAAUUCCCUUAAACGUCACUUGGAGACUGAGCAGGCGGGGCUGCAUUGGCCCUCGCAUGGCACUGCUCAGUAGAAGAGGGUGGCAAUUUCCAGAAUAUCAUGUAGUUGCUAAGCUGCCGCAGUUAUACUGAAGAUCUGAGGAUUUCGCGCAUUUGUGCCGCUAGGCGAUGUAAUCUGACAAUAGCUCGGCUCGACCAUCUCGUGUCUCUUGAUCAUCAAAUGUAGUGAUCCUAUUUGUAUGCUUUUACAUUUUAAAAUUUGUUUGCAAGUGUCGUCUCUGAUA